AUGUCUCUUUCCCUCUCCUUUACGACAAUACAGCGACGCCCAUCCCGUGCUGUUCAGUAUGCCGAUAUUGAGCCUGAACUAGCGCUUAUGAUCGAAGGCGCAAACCGAGUCUACUGCAGACAUUUCAUGGAUGCAAGAGAUGUCGAAGUCUACCAAGAGAAGACACUAGGCCCCUUCUACAAGAUAGCUCUGCCAUGUGGCGCCACAGCAACUGGUAUAAGUCUGAUGAUGUUGGGAAGAGUAUUGGACAAGGAGCCAACGUCGGGCAAGAACGAGACAUUGCGUGACAUUGUUGAGAGCGACCUCGGCAAGAUUAGUGGUCAUCGCGUGGUGAUCCUGAUGGGUCCAUCAGGUUCAGGAAAGACUGCGAUGGUAAUCGAUCUCGCAAAGACACACUUUGUUAUAUAUUGCGUGCGCUGCGACUCGCGCACUAUGUCAUCCCCGAACUUCAAGGAUCCCAACUUUGCUACGCUUGCGCGGGAAGUCGAAGGGAUGUGCGGGAGCCUUCCGAGACCAGAACCGGGAUCAGUGAACGACCUGAUGGAGAAUGAUUCAACCCUGAAACGACAUGCAGGAGAUAGGGUCGAGCUUGAAUUCCUGGCAAGACUGCUAUUCCUUCAGCUCCUUCUCAACAACAAUCGUGAUUUCGAGCCUCUUCAGCUCUCCGUGAACAGACUAAUGGAGGAACCACGAGAAUUGGACGCUCUUCAACAAGCUGCAUGCGGCAGGCUGGCAGAUUAUCUUACCCCAUGGAGACAAGGGCUAGUGAUCGCUCUGGAUGAAGCCCAAGUCGCAGGAAGUCGCACCUUGACUGGCAAACUCAUCGUACCAUCUGCGUUAGAUGGCAACCAAGAAAUCCUCGACGGAAAAAACCAGGUGCAAGACAGAUUUCGCCGGGGCGUGCUUCCCUCGUUCGAUGAAGGAGACGUGGAAAGCGUGCUACCGGGACUGGUCGAUAUACCCGACUGUGAACUCCCACCUGCCAAACACGGUGGCGAGAUCGACGGAAACGGUGUGGGCGACGGCGUCCGCGAUAAGGCUGACCUUGUGGAAGAAGAGGGCGAGCCAUCCACUAAAAGUCUCGUCCUUCGCUUGCUCCACUGCAUCCUUUAG